AUGAAGAUUCUGGCAUUGCUAUGGACGGUAUGUCUGGUAAGAUUAUGCAGUGCAGGCUUUUGGUGCUGUGGAGGAAGUAAAACGCAUGACGAUGAAGUUACUGUUAGAACAGUACAAGGAGGCUCUAAUAAAGUCUCUACGGAGAAUCUCAGAGCAGUUCCACCUCAACAGCCUGUAGAGUCUCUUCCUCAACCAACUGAACCUAAGGAAGUCCCUCAGGAUGGCAUUAAUUUGGACCUUGCCAAACCAGAUGAGACAACGAGUAGACUAGCCCCGAGAAAUGGUCUUGUACUCUCUCCUCAUGGAGCCUUUAGUAUAACCUCAGUUAUGGAUGGCAAUCAGGUCCUUUGGGAGGCCAAAGAAGAUAAUGAAAAGUAUGUAACCAUUAACCUAUACUCCAAGGGGGUGCAUCCGUGCUACUUGGUAUCGAAGUAA